CACUACAUAUAGUCCCUUCCCCAAAUCCCACAAAGCAAAAGAAGUAAAAAAAUAAAAACAAAACCCAACACGUUAACCAAAGCACCUAACCCAAAAUGCUCAAAACCGUAGCUUCUUCCACCAUUAACGCCACCACCACCCUUAUCACCUGUCCAAACGUCAACCUCUAUUGCUCCUCCUCUUCACUCUCCAGACCAUUCCUCAACCGCUUCACCAAAUCCACGAAGCAAACUCUCAGACCCUUGAGAACUCUUUCAAGGCCUUUCGCUACAACCACCAUGAACAUCUUGAACAAGCUCGGGUUUGGUUCUCCAAGAGCCCAACAAUCCACUGCUGAUGCUUCGAUUGCUCAGGGCCCAGACGACGACGUUCCGGCGCCGGGACAAGAGUUUGCUCAGUUCGGAGCUGGUUGCUUUUGGGGUGUGGAAUUGGCUUUUCAGAGAGUCGCUGGUGUGAAAAAGACAGAGGUUGGGUACACACAAGGGUUUCUGCACAAUCCUAGUUACGAGGAUGUGUGUUCGGGGACUACUAAUCACUCUGAGGUUGUCAGGGUACACUAUGACCCUAAGGAGUGUAGCUUCGACACUUUGCUUGAUGUUUUCUGGGCUAGGCAUGACCCAACUGCGCUCAAUCGCCAGGGAAAUGAUGUGGGGACGCAGUACAGAUCUGGUAUAUACUUCUACACACCUGAGCAAGAAAAUGCAGCAAAGGAGUCUUUGGAGCGUCAACAGAAACUCUUGAACAGGAAGAUUGUAACUGAGAUUCUACCUGCCAAGAAAUUCUACCGAGCAGAGGAAUACCAUCAGCAGUACCUUGAGAAAGGGGGCCGUUUCGGCUUUAAACAAUCUUCUUCUAAAGGCUGCAAUGACCCGAUCCGUUGCUAUGGCUAAAGUUAGUCUUAAGAGGGAGCACCAUCCAAAAUGCAUAUUCUUGUUGCGUCCUGAGAUUGUGGUUGUCUAUAGGUCUGGGCUUUUGCGUACUAUUCUUAAGCCCGAGCUCUUAUAAUACUAUGUUGUAAUAAGAGUGCCUGAUGUUUUUGCCUUUCGUGCAAGAACCUGUAAUUAGUCUUGGUGUUUUGUAACCAUCAUCAACAUAUGUAUCUACACUGGUAGUGUGCUUUAUUGAUUGUUCUAAGAUUCGGCCUGGCAGCUAGACUAGUUGGUAUAUAUGAAUAGUAAUGUUUUCUGACCAA